AUGGAAUCAAAGCAAACCGAUUUAUUUGGUGGAGCGAUCAAAGUUGAAUUACCUACUACUUUAAUCGAUAUCAGUCAAGUUAGACAAGUACCUGAUUCUCAAGAAGUUUUCAUUUUGAAUUCUAAAGAUCUUGAAAAACCUAAUGAUCUUUCAAUCAUCAUUGAAGUACUACAAAAACUUUCAACUUCAUCUUCAUUCGAUUCAAUUCGUUUUCAUUUCGAUUCAUUAGCAAAUGAUAACUCAGCUCAAUCAUCCAAAAUCCUAAAAACAUUCAACCUCAACCAAACUUCUGCAACCUCAACCUCAUCAAACCCAUCAACAAAUCAUCUCACUACUCCUCAACCUAUCUUAUUAGAAGGCAUUCAAUCUGUUUCAAAAUUCAAUCGUCCAGAUUCAGAAGCUGAUCAAGUUCAUAUUUGGAUGGCUCUUUGGACUUUAAAUGGCAUAGGGAAUAAUGGACUAGGUACUGAUCUAGUCUUGACAAUGAACCUUCCUAAUGUUUCUCAACCUGAAGUUCUUGAACAGACUACUAAAUUAUUUCAACUGGCUGCUAAGACUCUUCAAAUUGUUGAUUGGAAUUUGUUUGCUUAA